AUGUUUGCGUUUGCAGUUCUAGCAUCGUCUAGAGUUCCACGCUACCCAGUUCGUCCAGUAGCGCCAGUCUUCCGCAUCCCAAGACCAUUCCCAAGACCAGUUCCAGUAGCUAAGCUUAACGGAGAAGAGGAAGAAGACCCAGAAAACAUUUGGGGCACAAUCGCCAAGGAAGUCAUCAAGGAGGCUGCUAAGUCCGCUGCUGCCGAUGCCAUCUACUCUGGUGCCAAGUGA